AACCACGGGUCUGUUGAGAGCACCGGUGGGGUUGUGUGUCAUGGUCGCCCUGUUCAUCAAUGGGUCGACUGGGUUAGUCUGCUACACUGCAGUGGAAUCACUGGACUUAGGCUGCCUCCUGCGGUGGGAUUGUCCCCAUGCCAGUCCUAAUACCACCUACACCGUGCAGACAAAGACUCAGGGGGACCCCUGGCAGGACGUAUCGUGGUGCGUUUGGGUCUCGUCCCGCAGCUGUGACGUCUCUCGGGCCUUCUCAAAUUUUGAGCUGUACAACAUGAUCCGUCUCGGCGUCCACCUCAGCCCCAGCUCCACCGUCUGGAUCGAGCCGCGCAAGUUCGACUACAGUGACUUCACCUUCAGCCCUCCUUCUGUCUCAGUCUCUUUGAAAGACGACCAGCUGUUGGUGAAGGUGCAGUUCCCCUGUGCUGCCAACAGGAGGUGCUCUCUGGAGAGGUGCUGUCCCGUCUCUGAACUGAUUGACCCCUGGACCACAGUGACUGUGUACAACAAGCUCAAUCACUCUGAACACCAGAGCCGUACAGUUUGGACCCAGGAAGUGGUGUCCCGUGUGGAGUUCUCCGGCUUGGCUCCAGGUCAGAACUACUGUGCUGUGGCCAACUUCUCCUUCCCGACCUUCUCCAUAGCUGCUUCCCCGAAAUCUGCCCCUCAGUGUGUCGAGACUGUUUCCAAAUCAGGGCUGCUGCCGGUGCUGUGUCUGGGAAUCGGGCUGACUUCUCUGCUCCUCGUUCCGCUUCUCACUGUGUUUCUGCAAAGACCAGGACGAGCUGCACCAGUCGCUGAAAAUCAACCCAAGAAUCCGGCGUCCGUUCACGAUCCAGUGUCUUUGGUCCCUCUUCCCCCGGUCCCUGUCGACCUUUGUGACAUCCACGUGGAAUUCGCUGAUGACCCAAAUCUCCAUCGAGUCCUCCUUUAGUCUUCCCUCCAACCAGAACCAGACCUCCACUUUGGGAAACACCAGUGAUCCUCUCCAGCAUGACUCCAGCUCAGGUGCAGCGUACUGGGACAGCAGCGGGAUGGAGCUGGAGCAAGGCCUGGACUCUGGUAUCAGCAUCUCACCUGCGUCUCACUUUUCUGAGGAGACAUGAGGGACAAAUGGAGGCCGAUACUAAAAAAACUGAGAGCCAUCUUUACCAUGAGUGUUGCUCUGUAAAGGUAGGUGUCAGCGGAGGUCUGUAGGGCCAGGCUUCACCACCAUCACUGUGCUCUAUACCUCUGCAAGUGUGACCCACUGAAGUCCACUUGAAAUGUCUGGAUGAAAUCUUACCUUGCAUUAAAAGCAAUGGGACGUUUUCUGUGGAAGAGCAAGCGCAGCUCAACUCGAACGGGUCUGUACUAAAAUCAUCCUGUAAUCCAGCUGUAAAAAUGGAGAAAUAGAUAAAGAUGUGUUCCAGUGUGAUAUUGUCUGCCGAAAUUAACAGAAUACAUAUCAGUAUUGGCAUAUAUGUCACUCGAUAAGUAACAAGAAAUAACAGUAAACAGUGUCUCCAUUACCUAGUUUGUCCACCAGAGAUCUCUGACAAGUUUAUUUUUCAACCAUAAAAUGUUCCGCUCAGAACAUAUAACAAUUCUUAAAUAACCUAAUUUAAGUGAUCCUUAUAAAAAAAAGAAAAGAAAAAUAUCUGUCAGUAUAUGGUUACCAGAUUUUUUCACCUGAGGUCAUGAGCUUUGGGUGAUGACUGAAAGAAUGAGAUCAUGGUUUCAAUUAAGUGACCGAAAUGCGUUUCCUUUGCGUUGAAAGGAGGCAGUUGAGGUGGUUGUGGGGUUUUAUUCGGACGCCUCCAGUGGUGGAAUGUAACUAAGUACAUUUACUAUAGUACACUACAAUAUUAAAGUACUUGCACUCGAAUUUUUUCAUUUUAUGCUACUUUAUACUUCUAUUCCACUACAUUUAUCUGACACCUAUAGUCACUAGUUACUUUUUAGAUCAAGAGUUUACAAACAAAACAUGUGAUCAGUAUAUAAAAUAUGAUGCUGUGUUAUAGAUUGAACCACCCAAAAGUGUAUAAAGCAUUUAAAAUCAGCUCCACCUCAACCAGCUAUAACAUUAAAUUACUGUUUACAUGUUAAUGCAUCAAUAAUAAUGGUCCAGUAAUGUAAAGAAACAACACAGAACGGGUCCAUUCUGACAAACAAAUACUUUUACUUUUGCUGAUUAAUACUUUUGUACUUUUACUUAAGUGAAAUGUUGAAUGCAGGACUUUUACUUGUAAUUGAGUAUUUCUAUAAUGAUUUGAAUACUUCUUCCACCACUGUCCCAGUAGAGCUUUUCCAUGGGGAACACGCUGGGAGGAUUACAUAUCCCAUCUGGCCUGGGAAUGCCUUGGGAUUCCCCAGGAAGAGCUAGAGGAAGAAGGGGCUACAUUGCUGAGCUUGCUGGCCCAACAACAAGGACGCAGAUAAACGGCAGAAAAUAGAUGGAUGGAUUUUUUACUGUGAACAUCUGUAUCGGCCUCAAAAAUUCAGCAACAGUCCUGCUUUAUUCCACAAAUUCUCAAUUGAAAAUGUAUCAGAAUUAAUAAUCCAGGCUAAUAUUUUAAGCUAGUAAAAAAUAAUGUGACACUACCUGAUUUUUAUGUGAGGUGUUUAACCAGUAGCUACCUGGCAACUAAGCUUAUUAAACCUACAGUAACUAAAUUCAACGAGCAGCUGUUGUUCAGCGAUCACUCACUCGUUUGAACCUGUUGAAUCUACGUGGCCUUCUCAUUGACGUGCCUGCAUCAGCUCUACUUUGAUGCUAGUCUUUCCAUCUGGAUUUCAAACCAGAGUGUGAAAUAAAUUCUUAAUGGCUGCUGCGUGAGUAAGCUCAGAAGAGCGGAAUCAAUUAGUUGAUCGACAGAAGAAUUAAUUGGCAACUAUUUUGAUAAUCAGUUAAUCAUUCAAUCAAGUCAUUUUUUCAAGCUAGAAAGUCAAAAAGAGAAAAUUGAAUAUCUUUGGGUUUUCGACUGUCAUUAGUUAGACAAAACAAACAAUUUGAAGACUAAUCAUUAGCUUAAUCAAUAAUGAAAAUAAUCACCCCUAAAGGUUUGUAGGCCACAGUGUUGUGCAGUGAGGUUUGUGCUGUCUGCUGUGCUGAAAUGUCUUUGAGCAAGUUAACGGAUCCCUUGCAGCUCUGAAGAUGCUGUUCUGUACUUGACCUCUCACAUUUAUUUCUUGUGGACUUGAGUGGAAUCCAUUAUUAGGAAGAUGAAUGGAGAUGAUGUGCGACAAAGGUCAUGACCCAAAAUUUAAACAUAUAAGCACAUUCCUGUGGCUCUGACUGCUCGUCAGAGAUGUGAGUCAGACUGCUGCAUGAAGAGGGUCAGAGAAUCAACUGGUGAGUGAGAAUUACCAAUGAAGCAGAGAUAGUUUAUCUGACAAGUCCAAAAGGAGCUGUUUUUCUGUGUAUGUACCACUGAUUCAGUGAAAAAUCUAAAUCUGGUUGCGGUUCUUCCCUUUCUGCCUUUUUGUGCUGAGGUCACUCAACAGGCCGGUCCAAACCAUAAGCUUCAUAAACAAGAACUAAGAAAACGUCUGACCCCCCCACAUGCAGCCAACAGCUCCUUCAUGCUGCUUUUCCCCCUCCAAAGUGAUAACAGAGGGUCUUAUUUUUCUAUCAUUCAUUGCUCUGAAAUGUUUCUGACUCACAGUUGCCUCAUUGGAGCUUCGCUGCCCUUUUACCCGUGACUGACGCCUCAUUCUGCCUCCUGCAUGAAAACAAGGAACAUCUUGACAUCUCGCCUUCUGUUUUGCUGGUGUUGCAUUCUUUCCGCAACAUUGGGGAGCCUUGGGGGUUUGGCCGUCCAGCAUUGUUUGUUUCCAGAGUCCACAGAGACCUGGGGGGUUAUCCAAAGCUCCGCGCACAAGCCAGUGGCUUUUAUUAAUAAGCACAGUGCUUACAUUGUGGAGAGAUGAUUAAUGUAUGAAGCAAGAAGCUGGCUUGUGUGAUUGAGCACCUGACUAUACAACAGCCGAGCUGCAGAAAUGGUAAACGUUUGACCUUUUUUAUUUUAUUUUCCGCUAUUUGCAGUAAUUUUUCUGAAAAUAUCCACAGAGGUGGAUUUAAUUUCACUCAUCCUCUGGCUGUGUGUGUAUUUUGGCAGUGAACUGCAGUGCGACGUGACCUUGUUUCUAUCAUGAUCUAUCAGAUCACGGUUUUUGCGCUUAAAUCUCACCUUUUGUACUGGUGAUGAGAAGGAGGAGGUUUAUGCCAACACUGUGUAACUACUAACUUUGAAGCUGAUAACAAAUCAUGUACAUGACCAAAACUCUCAUCAUAUCACUUCAGAACUGUAAGUGUGUAUCAAGUUUAUCAAACCAUGGUUCUCCUAUGCUGAUAUGAGAUUAAAAACAAAUUUACAAGCUCAGCUUAUCAGUUAAAACUAGUUAUAAAUGUAAUAUGAAUGCAGUUUGUUGUAUGGGACUACUUUUAAUAAAUGUUUAAAAAAUUAAGUAAGGCUAAUACAGAGCUCAUAAAUAAACUGUGUUUUUGACAAGUU